AAGUGGAGCAUGUGAAACGAAAGGAGAUUAGACAGUGUGUGUACGUAACUGACUGCAUAAUAGAGCAAGAAAAAUAGACAAAGUCGUGAACACAGCAAGCAGAAGAAACAACAUUAAAAACAACAACACUAUGGACUUUGGAUUUUUCACAGAUGACAGGUUGUUUGAUUUUUUCUGCCGAAAUAAGACAAAGAUGUCUACAAUAGAAGAGCCGCUGAUGUUUCUCCGACAUCUCAAGGACAAUAGACUCAUUACAGAUGAGCUCUAUCAAAGGCUUGAGGACACUGGUGACGAUAAUGGUGUGUAUUGUGCCUUGGAUUAUAUUGAAAAGCAUGGAAAGAAGAAUGUUAGAAAGUUCUGGCAAUGUGUGGACCAGGAGCAUAUUUUACAGCGUUACUCUCAACUCUCUGAAGUCACUGUAGCCCUGAAGAACUCUCUUAAGAGUCAGCCAAACAGAAAAAUUAGAGAAAGAGCUGAGGAUCGAGGCACAGGAAAAGAAAGAGAGAUUAAAAAGAGAAGGACAGAGAGCAACUCUGUGAGUGACCAAGCUGGACCAUCAUCGCAAAGCCCUAACAGCCAGAAGACGACAGAUAAACACGUGAAGAGAGAACUUCAGAGCCCUCCAGACUCCAGUACACAAGAGUCGUUUUUCUGUCCAUCCUUGCAUAGAAAAGCAGAGGAUCUCUGGAACAUGCCUAAACACGCGAGAUGGCUUCCUGUCACAUGUGGGAACGAAAAGGCCUUAUUGGACAGAGAAGCAUUGAAUAAUAGAAAGAGGGACUGCAUAAAAUGUGGAAGAGCAAUGAUCUCCCCUUAUAUAUUUGAGAAAAUAGGUGGAAAAGAAUCAUGCAAGUCCUGGAAAACAAGUAUAUUAUGCCAAGGCACAACCCUCAAGAGUCUAAUGGAGAUGAAUAUUUUGAAGAUACCUGAACUUGAUGGAAAGUUUACCCUUCGCAAAUGAUGUCCCAUGCAUUAUUUAUUUUGCAUUUUCAGUCACUUAAUUAAAUUAU